CGUCUUCUUCUUCUUCUCUGUUUCAGGCAUUCUCUUCGUAUCAGAGAGAGAGAGAGAGAGAGAGAGAGAUCAGAAGAGGGAGAAAAACGAAUCCUUCGAUACGAAUUACAGAAGAGAAUCGAAACUGCCGAGGGAGAGACGUAUACAUGCGUAUCUAUACAUUUAUACGUAUUCGCAGGGCAAUGUAUACGUCCGGAUGAAUACGCAGCACUGAGGUCUUUGAUUGUCAAGGAUUGGUUUUUGUCUGAUUUUCCCUGGAUCUUUGACGGGAAACAAACAAGGGAUUGGAAUCCUGGAUUCCUCAGACAGAGAUACGAUCUGGGUAUAUUGAAACCUCAGGAUUUGAUCUGUUCAAGUUGUUGGCCUGUCUUCGUUGUUACAGAAUUUCGAGACUGUGUAAAGGUAUGAGAUUCUGAUGAGAUGAGGCCGAUGAAGGGUUGGCGUCUAGGCAGUUUAGGUGAUAUGCAAUCUUUGAAUGGAGCUCGUUACCGUUCUUCUCAUGGAAGGAGGCCAAUAUGGAUCAUUGCAGCGGUUUCACUGGUUAGCAUGUUCUUCAUAUUUGGUUAUAUGUAUCCCCAUCACAGUAAAGCUGCUUGUCACAUGAUGAUCUCUUCGAGAGGGUGUAAGGCUCUGGCCGAUUGGCUUCCGCCUUCACCGAGGCAAUAUUCAGACGAGGAAAUUGCAUCCCGUGUAGUGAUUAGGGAGAUUUUGGAUUCUCCCCCGGUUAAAGGGAAGACCUCUAAGAUUGCAUUCAUGUUCUUGACUCCGGGUUCUUUGCCUUUAGAGAUGCUUUGGGACAGAUUUUUCCAGGGCCAUGAAGGGAAAUUCUCAGUUUAUAUCCAUGCAUCAAGGGCAAGGCCAGUUCAUGCCAGCCGGUACUUUGUUAACCGUGAGAUACGCAGUGACGAGGUGGUAUGGGGAAGAAUAUCGAUGAUUGAUGCUGAGAGACGGUUGUUAGCAAGUGCUCUCAAAGAUCCCGAGAACCAGCAGUUUGUUUUGCUUUCAGACAGUUGCGUACCGCUUCGAAGUUUUCAGUACAUUUACGACCAUCUGAUGUACACCAAUAUCAGCUUUGUUGACUGCUUUGAAGAUCCCGGUCCACAUGGAUCAGGCAGGCAUAUGGAUCACAUGUUGCCGGAAAUUCCAAAGAAGUAUUUUCGGAAGGGGGCGCAGUGGUUCACCAUGAAGCGUCAACACGCCGUGAUAGUUAUGGCUGACGGUCUUUACUAUUCGAAAUUCCGGGAUUACUGCCGGCCAGGUGUAGAGGGUAACAAGAACUGCAUUGCUGAUGAACAUUAUUUGCCAACUUUUUUCCAUAUGCUCGAUCCCGGGGGCAUUUCUAACUGGACUGUAACUCACGUUGAUUGGUCCGAGAGAAAGUGGCAUCCAAAAACAUACAUGCCCGAGGAUAUUACGCACGAGCUCCUUAAGGACAUCACGUCUGUUGAUACAAACUCACAUGUAUCGAGCGACGGGAAGGGGGGAGAAAUACGAUCGCCUUGCCUGUGGAACGGGAUUAAGAGACCUUGCUACUUGUUCGGGCGGAAAUUCCACCCGGAUACGCUCGAUAAGCUCUUGGAUCUCUUCUCGAACUACACGAGCAUUGCAUAGCGAUAGAUACAACGACUAGUGCGGAUUUUCCCGACGUGAAUUCUUCGAUCGAAGCGUGCGGUUAUUCCAAAAACCCGGAAUCAGCUAAAGCUUUGAGGCGUAUGUGUAUGGAAGAGCCCUUUAAAGAAAGAUGCAACU